AAUCUCUGCUUCAAGGAAACUAGCCGUUACGUUUCAUCAAAUCUUCAAGAUUCUUUGACAUUCACAAUCUUACCAUUCUUGCUCCAAAGACUUUCAUUUUAUUUCCAUUCUAAACCCAAAAUCCCGUUGAAUUGAACGAAUCAAUAGAGAAGAAAAAGGGGGGAAAAUUUACAAAGGGAAACAUUCACCAUGGCCUCACCUGCCAAGACUUCUUCGUCAUCACUUCCAUGUAGAACGAACCCUAAUAUGAAAAAAUCUGAAAUUAGUGAUCCUAUGAGAAGAAGUUUCAGUGGAAACCCCUUUGCAAAGCCGUCUAUUGUCACAAAUCCCAGAACAUUUAACCCCAGCACCCCUGCAAAUAGUCCUUCAGAUUUUCCUCGAAGACAUUCCGCUGGCAGAGAAAGUGUAGCUUCUUUGCGUGAUUCUGACAAGGAAAACAGUAAAGACCAGAAUCCAAAACCAACAAGAGUCAGAUCACCAGCUCCUUCAAAGGGUUCAAAGAAUUUCAUGUCACCGACAAUCUCUGCUGCUUCAAAGAUCAAUGCAUCACCGAGAAAGAAAAUCUUGGUUGAGAGGAAUGAAUCAGUUCGAUCUUCUGUUUCCUUCUCUGAUGUAAAAAGCCUAAUCGAGGAAGAUAAUGAGUCAACACCGGAGAUUGCUUUGAAGCAGAAGAGGGUUUCAUCCUCUGAUGUUAAAAGCGUAAUCAUGGAAGAUGAGGCAACACCGGAGAUUGGUUUGAACCAGAAGAAGGUUUCAUUCUCUGAUGUUAAAAGCAUAAUCAUGGCAGAUAAUCAAUCAACUCCAGUGAUUAGUGUGAAUCAGAAGAAGGUGACAUUCGCUGAUGUAAAAAGUGUAGUCAUGGACGAUGAUGAGUCAACUCCACAGAUUGGUUUGAAGCAGAAGAAUGUUGAGGUCCCUCAUGAUUCAUCAAGCAGCAACCAUGUAUAUGAGGAACCUUUGAAAAGCAACGCAGAUUUUGAUUAUAAGGAGUCCAAACAUGAUUCUGACUUGUUACUGGAAACCGUUACAGAGGAAAAUGAUUCUGUUAAUGUGGAUCCCAGCUUCAAGAUUAGUCCUAGGGUUUCUAUUACACCUUCAUGUCCUAUUUUAGCACCACUUGAUGCUGAUCCAUCGAUGCCUCCUUAUGACCCCAAAACCAAUUACCUUUCUCCAAGGCCUCAGUUUCUUCACUAUAGGCCAAAUCCUCGAAUCGACCUCUAUCGGGAAAGAGAAGGUAAGCAGCUCGAGGAGCACUUUGCAUCUGAAAGCUAUUCAGAUACUGAAGUUACUGGAGAAACACAGUGCGAUGCUUCACAGAGAGAAUCUGAGGAUAUAUCUUCAGAGGAAACAAUGAAAGGAGAAGGAGAGGAGGAGGAGCUUUAUGCAUCUGAACGAAACCCAAUUGCCCAUGACAUGGUUGAAGAGAGUUUAAGAAUGUCUAAGCCACGUUUCUCUACCAGAUCAAAGUUCAUUGCUUUCCUUCUGGUCCUGGCAUUUGCUUACUUUUCAAUUCUAGUAGCAAAUUCUCCUACCUUUGCUCCUUCUGGGUUGGGAGAUUUAAGCCUAUCAAUUCAGGUCCCGCCAGAAGUCACUGAAUUUGCAAAAGCUAAUUUUGACCGGUUCACUCAAUAUCUUCAGCAUUUGUCAGCUAGGUUCUUGUCUUGUGUUUCCAACAUCAUUUCCAGUUCAAGAGAAGUGCACAGAACGGUUUCCUUUCAAUAUGCUAAUUUGAGUCAUUUGCUAGAGGAUCAUAUCAGCGAGGGGCACCUACUGUUUGAUUGCAGUGUAGUGGAUCCUGUAAGGGAGAGGGGCACAUAUCAUCAAGAGAUUGAAGCAGAUGAGGCAGUAGAUGAAGAUGAUGAACAGGAAAUUAAAGAACAAGAGGACCAAGAGAGUCAAGCUUAUGAAAACUUGGAACUGGUUUCAGGAGAAGAACCUGAUGAAGCACAGCAAGGGAUUGAGGCGGAGAUGAUUGAACUGGAUCAUUUAGAAGCAGAGGAGAAUGAAGGAGUUGAAUUUGCUGCUCAGAUUGAUGCUGAACAUCAAAGCAAUGUGAACCUUAACCACCUGCCAAGCAUAAUCCCACAGGCUGCUGAGGUAUCCAAAUCUGGGAACACUGAGGGUGUUGACUUGAAGAACAUUGCUGAAAUCGUGUUCCCGAAGGAAGAAUUGAUGUCUCAAAACCCCAAAAUUGAAGCUCUCACUGACGACUCUCAAAGUUCUGAAGUAGUGGAUUCUGCAAUUACUGGGCCAGAAGACCGAUUUCUCGCAAAGAAUGUGAUGGCUUUUUCUUUACUUUUGUUGUGUCUAUUAGCAGCUACGGCAGCUGUCAUCUACCCAAAGAGAGAAAAGCUCUCCGUGCCAAAUGCUGCAGUGCCUGUGCAACAACCAGUGCUGGCCAAGAAAUCUAAAGACAGUCCAGUGUCAGUUAGCUCAAAUGAUACAAUCCAUGAAAGGCUAUCUUCCAAGAAUUUGCAGACGGAAGUAGACAUGUCUAAUGAGUCAUGCCCAUCAGAAAUGAGCAGCUGCCAGAAAACCUCAUCUACUUAUAGCAAGAUGGGACUCAAGGAAUCAAAUGAAUAUCAGAGCCAAGAAAAGAAGCCCAGGAAGAAUAACAGGAGAGAGUCUCUUGCUUCAUCAGAUUAUUCUACGGGUUCCCCUUCUUAUGGUAGUUUUACAACGUACGAGAAGAUACCAAACAAGCAUGGAGGAGGAGAUGAAGAAAUAGUUACCCCAGUUAGGCGUUCAAGCAGAAUCAGAAACCAAGUCACUUCUCCAUGAUGAUUGACAAGUUGUAUCUUAUGUUAGUUACAAUUGCACAGCAGUGCAAUUGUACUGUUAUUGGAUGCUGACGUAGAUUAGGGCUUAAUUGUAAUUUGAACACGUUGUAUAUGAAUGGUGUCCAUCGAUCAACUUUGAUUCUUACCAAUAUUCUUACCAAUCUAUUUCAAAUUUCUUC